GGGGCGUCCCUCCCCCGACGGGAAGUCUCCAUACACGGAAGUGCAGCUUCUGUGAUGACAGAAACGGGGCCCGAUGGCCGUCUAAACAGCCAGGCGGCUCGUUAAACACGGCUGCUUGGUGCCGGGAUCCACGGUUCUUCCGAAGCGGCUCUUUCCCUCCUCUGCACCAUGGAGCCGACUGCGUCAGGGAUCUUCUGUGACCGCAUGCUGAGCAUGGUCAACUCCGAGGACGUGAACGCCAUCAUCCAAGCGCAGCGGCACAUGCUGGACCGCUUUGAGAAGACCAACGAGAUGCUCCUCAACUUCAAUGGCCUGUCCAACGUGCGGCUUCAGCAGAUGAACGAGCAUUUCCUGCACCACACGCGCACGCUGGUGGAGAUGAAGAAGGACCUGGACAGCAUCUUUAGGAGAAUUAGGGCACUAAAGGGCAAGAUUGCAAAGCAGUACCCUGAAGCCUUCAGCAAUGUCCAUGAGUUGCCCAUCCUUGAGGAUGACGACGAAGAGUUCGACCCCGUCCCCCCCAGCACUGCCACCACCGUCACUCUCACCUCUGAGCAGAGCACCGAGUCAUGUGACACCAGCCCUGACAUCAUCUCCCCGACUAUCAGCCACUGCUGCUCUGAGGACUCCACCCAGGAACAGCUGGACACGCCCACGUCAGACGGUCUGGGCGGAGCCGUCUUGCGGGAUGAGGGUCCGGACUAGGAGGGAUGAGGAAGGACUCAGCAGCCGCAUGGGAAUGAAAACACUCUUUGCAGCCAAGAUAUCCACAAGAGGCUUUCUUUGGACAUUCUGUGUGCUGAAACCCUGUCAUCUGGUGAAAGAGGGCGAAUGCAGACAUGCAUUUCUGCUCACACGCCGCCCGAUUAUUAUAAAGACAAAAUACUUGAAUUCUUGUGUGUGAAUUUUAUGCUCUUAAGGGUUGGCAGAAACUGUUCUGCUGUCUCAGACCCAGUGUCAUUUUAAAAAAAAAAAAAACAUUUCCACCAGUAUGAGAUGAAAGGAAUUGGAGCUGAGUAAAUAUGCAAUAAUUUACAUAUGGGGAGAUGUAUUUUUCAAGUUUAACUGAUGCCACUCUAGGGCCCGUGUCUGCGUAAAGGCUUAAUUUGAUUGGCCUCAGCAAUGAUUUGUUUCCUCUGCUUGAUCCACUUUAUGGAAUGUUCUUAUAUAAGACCCCAAAGAGGGCUCUAAUUUAGCAGUCCAUGCUAACAAAUAUGUAAACUGACCUUAGUGUUUUUUUCCAGUGUUCAUUGUGGGAUAUAUCUCAAAAGUGCUGAAAUGUUACAGUUUAUUCAGAGGUACGUUUUUGUAAGUCUGCUUUAUUGAUGUUGUGUCUUAAAAGAUGUAAUAAUUUUAACUGCUGAAUAUUGUAUGCAUUAAUUAGACUAUAAAGUGAAUAAAGUAUAAUUUAAUAACUU